UGUGUUGGAUGUUCAUUAAGUUGUAAUGGGGAGUGAAGAGCCAUCUCCUAAGAAGCUUAAGUUAUCUGGUGAUGUCAGCAAAACUGAGAAGAGCGAUUAUGUGCGGAUAUUGGCAGACGAAAGAAAAAAAGCAGCUGACUCAGUUUUAGAAUUCAAGUUCAACAAGAAACGUGUGAAAAUCCUGUCUUCCGCUCAAGAUGUGCCUGACUGGGCUGAGGGAGUAGUGUAUUGGAUGUUUCGAGAUGAGAGAGUGCAAGAUAAUUGGGCUUUCCUAUUUGCUCAAAAGUUGGCGCUCAAGAAUGAAAUACCUCUUCAUAUAUGUUUCUGUGUGAAGCCAAAGUUUUUAGAUGCCACAAUAAGGCAUUACAAGUUCUUAUUUAAAGGUUUGGAAGAGGUAGCAUCUGAGUGUAAAUCACUCAAUAUUGAGUUCCACUUAUUGAUCGGGAAUGGUGAAGAGGUGCUACCAGGUUUUGUUGAGAAGAACAAAAUUGGAGCUGUAGUUGUGGAUUUUAUGCCUCUCAGAGAUUGUCUCAGCUGGGCCCAAACAUUGAAGAAAAGCUUACCUAAGGAAGUUCCUCUCAUUCAGGUGGAUGCACACAAUAUCGUGCCUUGCUGGACGGCGUCUGACAAACUAGAGUAUGGGGCCCGAACUAUCAGAGGGAAGAUUACCCGCCAGCUGCCGGAGUUCCUCACCCAGUUUCCGCCCGUUGUGAAACAUCCGUUCUCUGGAAAGCUCAAGGCUGAUAAGAUUGACUGGGAGGCAGCAGAAAAGAGUCUCCAAGUGGACCUCAGUGUAGCACCAGUGACAGGUUUUGUGCCUGGCUACAAGUCUGGCAUCUCUGUCCUGCAGGAGUUCUGCAACAAACGCAUCAAAAUGUUCGGCUCCAAGCGCAACGAUCCGACUGUCAACGCCCUCAGCAAUCUGUCUCCCUAUUUUCACUUUGGCCAAAUUUCAGUUCAAAGAGCAAUACUGUGUGUGAAAAAGUUAGGUUCCAGCCACAAGGAGAGUGUUGAUGCAUUUGUAGAAGAAGCAGUCAUCCGGCGAGAACUGUCUGACAAUUUUUGUUACUACAACAAAAAAUAUGACAGCAUCGAAGGAGCUUAUGACUGGGCCAAGAAAACACUGAACGAUCACAAGAAAGACAAAAGAACCUAUGUCUAUACAAGGUCAGAAUUGGAGGAAAGCAAAACACACGACGAUCUGUGGAACUCGGCUCAGAUACAGCUGGUCCGGGAAGGUAAAAUGCAUGGAUUCUUGCGAAUGUACUGGGCCAAGAAGAUACUGGAGUGGACAGCUUCGCCUGAAGAGGCUUUAGCUUCAGCUAUUUACCUCAAUGACAGAUAUAGCAUGGACGGCAGAGAUCCUAGCGGUUAUGUUGGCUGUAUGUGGUCAAUCUGUGGUAUACAUGACCAAGGCUGGAGGGAGAGAGAAAUUUUCGGGAAAAUCCGCUACAUGAAUUAUGAGGGCUGUAAGAGGAAGUUCAACGUGUCUGCUUUUGUGGCAAGAUAUGGAGGGAAAGUCCACAAGUAUAUUAAAAAGUGAGAAGACAAUCAAAGUUAACACUCUAUUGAACAUUGUCUCCGCUGUUAUAAUGAAAUGUGUGCAAUUCCUCAGAUGUAUUUGAAAAGUAUUAAUCAAAGCAAACCAAAGACAUUUCUGUAUCGCUCAAAGCUUGAUAUUUUAAAUGUGUUCAUUUUUGUUAUUAAGUUCUAGAAUGUCUCUAAAAUGUUAUUGUUAAAUCUAUAAUAACAAUGUACCCUAACAAAACUUGAUUGCCUUCAAGUAAAGUACAAAGGUUGCUGUUCUUAGGGUUGGAAUCUCUUAGAUGUAAAUGUAAUAACGUUUAAUUCUGUGAAAAUAUUUAAUAAAUCUACUCUUAAUAACCUCUCAUCUAGAUACGCCAUAAAGAUUUCCAUUCUGUCAUUAAGAAAUGUUUCAUUUAAAUAUGCAAUAAAAUUUUGUCUCCUAAACUGAAAGAAAUGGCCUUCAAGAAAAGUACAAAAGCUUCCUGGAAAUAAAAUGUGGAAACAUUUACACUAGCUGAUACUUAUUUAUAAGAAAUCAAUUGUGUGUCUUAAUACUUAAGAGUAAUUAAAAGCACAUCAUUAGUAUUAGCGUAAGCCAUAAACAAUUUAUAUUUAGUUUUAAUAUUUGAUACCUUUAUAUUUUUUAUUUUGUAGUAAAACACAUUAUUUUA